AUGGUUUCUUCAGAAGGAGGAUCCACCCCCUCUGCUUCUCCCGAGGGUUUAGGUGGCGCUUCGGGGGCCCCUGAGGCGCAAGGGGCCCCUGUGUUGGAGCUGCUGGGGCAGCAGGUGCGGCUCUACAGCCAGCUGCAGCAGCUGUUGCAGGGGCCCCUGGCGUCUUCUCUAAACCCAGCAACACUUCCGAGGGGCCCUCCAAAUGCUGCUGCUUUGCAGCUUACAGCUGCUUCUCUAUUGAGGCUUGCGGAGGCCCGCCGCAUGGCACUGGCUGUCGCAGCAGCACGCCCAGUGGGGCCCCAGAGGGAGGGGGCAACGCCCCCGCUAAGAGGACUACCGAUCUACCACCACCAGCAGCAGCAGCAACAGCAGCAGCAGCUGCUGCUGCAACAACAACAGGGUCAGCAGCAGCCGGUACCGGAUCGCAAUGUGCUGCAGGCUGUACGUCUGCUACCACUUGCACGGCGCGCAGGGAGGAGUUGGGAGGCCCUUGGGGGGCCCCCUGAGGGGCCCCUUAAUCAGCAGCAGCAAAGUGGUGCGCCUAUCGGUCUUCAACGCCCCCCAGCCUAUUCCUGUCUGUCUUCCAGGCUUCUUGCGGCCGCUUCGCAGAGUGGGGGCCCCCAGGGGGCCCCCUCCUUGGGGUCUUUUGGAGGGGUCUGUAGAGAGGGGGCAGCCCUACAGAGACCUCCUGCUGCAGCGCCAUGCGUGGAUUCAGCUUCUGUUUCUGCUGCCUCUGUGCGGCUGCUGCAUAUGCUGAGGCGCUGCAGCCAACUGCCGCCUGUGGAGGCCCCCAGGGCCCCAGGGCCUGUUGGGGGGGGGGCCCCAGAAGCCUCUCAGCUCCCUUGGCAUGCACUGGUGCAUGCAGAAACGGGGGUAGAGGCCCCUUCCUUCUACCCUACGCAUCGUGCUGCUGCUCCUGCUGCUGCUGCUGCUGCUGCUGCUGCUACUACUUCUGAACCGCGAGGUGGUUCGCGCCUCUCAGCCCCUCUGUCUUCACGGCAAGCUGCAACACGAAGAGGAACGAAGCGAGCAUCAGCAGACAUGCAGCAGUCAACUAGGGGCCCCAGGGAAGGGCCGGGGCCCCCACAGGGGGCUCCCAGAGGGAGACCCCCACACACUGGUGUGCCGGCUGCACCCCCCGUAGCUGCAGCAGCAAAAGCAACACAAGCAGCAGCAGCAGCAGAGGGAACAGAAGGAGCAGAAGCAAACGCAGCAGCAACAGCACCAGGAGCAGCAGCAGUAGCUAGGGGGCCUCCGGAUAGGAAGCGACGCCUUCCUCGACCUGUGGGUAGACCCCCUAAGAAGAAGCCUUUGGGGGGGCCCCCUGCUGGCAGCAGGGUUGAGGGGCCCCCUGCAGCAGAAGAAGAUUCAUUAGCAGGAGAUGAGUCAAGCACUUCUUCUCCUUUAUCUUCUGAGGGAGAGGAGAGCAGCGGCUCUGCAUGCAGCGAGCAGCUACUGGUUGCAGCAGCAGCAGCAGCAGCAGCAAUCCCUCCGCGUACGGCUGCAGAGCUGCUGCGGGCCCCAGUGUUGCCGCUGCGGAUAGAAGGCAUGCAUGCAGACCAUUCGAACGAUGCGGCUUGCGACGGCGGUGCAAGCGGCGAUGCAGGAGACACAGCAGCAGCAGCAGCAGGAGCAACAGCAGCAGCAGCAGAUGGGGCAACUGCAGCAGCAGUGCCGGCAGCAGCAGAGGCACCUGCAGCAGAAACUGCAGCAGGAGGAGCCCCUGUGGUGCACUCUAGCGAUUCUGCAGCCUCUACCUCUCCCACCCUCUGCGAAGCAUCAACAGCAGCAGCAGCAACAGCAGCAGCAGCGACAGCAACUGUAGCAGCAGCAGCAGCAACAGCAGCAAAUGCUACAGCAGCCGAGGAGGGAGUUAUGUCUUUUCGUUCUUCGCGUGUACGUCGUUCUAUGAGCCCCGCAGGGGGGCCCGUGGGUGUUUGUGUUUCUGCAAGAGAGGGGGGCCCCCCCUCUAAUGUUCAGGGGGCCCCCGAUCCUUUGGUUUGCUGGCAUUUUCACUGUCCUCUGUGUACAUACACCGCAGCAGCCUUCAGGUCCGUCAAGCAGCAUGCGCUGCUCCUACACCGAGGCUCAGCAGCAGAUCCUAAGCUUUCUGCAGCAAGAGAGGGGCUUCGUUCACCCCCCUAUGACCCUAAAGAAGACUACUGGUUAGAGUUAGGUGUAUCUACACAACAGACACCAAACAAUACUACUCAUAUUAAGAAACCCGUCACCCCACAGGGGGCCCCCGGUAAGGGGGGGACCCCCCUCACUGGGGGCUCCCAGGGGGGCCCCCCUGGGGGCCUACCAGGGGCUGAGGGGCCCCCCUUAGAGGGUACCUUAAACAAUCUCGUGCAUUCCGUUGAUGCUGAAGUGAAGACAGAGACAGAAGAAGCAAACAAUUCGGGGGAGAGGGGGCCCCCUGACAGCAAACUAAGCCUGAACCCCCAGUCUAUAGGGGGCCCCUCAGGGGAUCGUGGGGGCCCCUCAGGGGAUCGUGGGGGCCCCGCAGGGGCCCCUAUGAUAGCAGGACAGCAGAAAGAGAGUUCUGCAUGUUCUAGUGAGGGGGAGGGGCCCCAAGAGGAAGUAACUGCAUAUCCAGUUGGUUAUGCUUCUUCUGCUGCAGCUUCUGCUGCUGCUGCAGCUUCUUCUGCAGCAGCAGAUAGUCUUGAAGAGGGGCCCCCAACAGACACAGAGGGGCCCCCACUUGUACCGUUGCUUCCUCAUCUGAUAGACUCAGGGCAAACUCGCAGCGAACCACGCCCUCUGAAGAGCUGUCUCAUUGCACACCCUCGCGCUUCUGCUGCAGCAGCAGCAGCUGCUUCUGCUGCUGCUUCUGCUGCUGCAGGAUGCGAUGGCCAGCAGCAACAACAAGAUGACCACAAGCAGCAGCAGCAGCAGCAGCAGCAGCAAAGACGCCGCGUUGCCUUCGGGUCGCAUGUGAGGGUUCGGCUGGUGGAUAAGGAACUCUCAACUAUGGAACAGCUUGGAGCCAUCUUAGGUCCUGUCUUUGGUAGCACUCCUCCCCGAGGCGCAGCAGCAGCAACAGCAAUGGCAGCAGCAGCAGCAGCAACCCGCUUGGAGGCAGAGGAUCCCCCAGCCUUAGGGCCUCUAGCGCAUGCACGCACGUUCGAUGCUGCUGCUGCUGCUGCUGCUGCUGAUUCACCAGAAGAACAGCAGGAGGGAGUAUUACAGGGGCCUCAACCCUCGACGCUGCAGCCAAGCUUCUACGGCGCUGCAGCAGCAGCAACUGUUGCCGCAGCAGAAACAGCAGCAGAAAGUGCUGCAGCAAACACAACAGCAGCAACAACAGCAGCACCACCACCGCCUGCAGCAGCAGCAGCAGCAGCAGCAGGAUCAGCAGCCACAGCGAAUAAUAAGGUAUAUUGUCUCCCUGCAGCAUCGCCACCUGAAGCAGCUGCGGGGGGGGCCCCCAGGGGCCCCCUGCGAAAGAAGAGGAAGCAAAAGGAACAGCUGCAGCAGACAAGUGAUCCAGGGACUGAUGAGCAGCAGCAGCAACAACAGCAACAACAGCAGCCGCAACAGCAACAGCAGCAACAGCAGUCGCAACAGCAACAGCAGCAACAGCAGCUGCAACAGCAACUGCAUGAAGAAGAGGAACGUUCGCAGCGACUGGAUCAACUGCAGCAGCAGCAAAAACAACCCAUGCUGCAGGAACAGGUGCAGCUGCACGAGCAGCAGCCGCAGACGCUGCAACUGCAGCAGCAACAGCAGCACCAGCAGCAACAGCAGCAGCCACCGGAUGAAGCGGAAUGUCAGCAGCUGCAUUAG